AUGAGCUCAAACACCGCGACCAAUGGGUCGAUCGAGCACACGAUUGAUGCUCCUACCUCCCGUAGACACGGCCAUGACGAUGACCAACAAGCAGUUCGUGAGAUUCGGAAGCUUAUCAUCGACUGCUGUCGACAGCAUGGAGGGGGCCACGGAGGCUCUGCCAUUGGCAUGGCACCUCUGGCCGUCGCUCUUUGGAGGCACACGAUGCGGUACAACCCUCGAAAUCCUGCGUGGUUCGACCGCGAUCGGUUCGUAUUGUCCAACGGGCACGCGGCCAUUCUCCUCUACACUAUGCUUCACGUCACCGGAUACUCCGAUAUGACUAUUGACCAGUUGAAGCUGUACGCCAGCGCAAAGGAGGUUGACCCUGAGACCGGACUGUGGACCGAGACGCUAUGUCAUGGACACCCCGAGAUCGAAGUGCCCGGCGUUGAGGUCACCACGGGACCAUUAGGCCAAGGAAUCGCCAACGCAGUCGGGCUGGCCAUAGCUUCUAAACACCUCGCCGCAACCUUCAACCGCCAGGGGCAUGAGAUUGUCACGUCACGCGUCUUUUGCACCACCGGUGACGGCUGUAUCCAAGAAGGCGUGGCUCAGGAGGCGAUUGCGAUCGCCGGCCACCUGCGACUGGACAAUCUGAUUUUAUGCUACGAUAACAACGGCGUCACAUGUGACGGACCGCUCGACUGGAUCUUGUCAGAAGACACAAAUGCCAAGAUGGUGGCCAUGGGCUGGCGAGUGAUCGACGUUUUUGACGGUGAUUCUUCUGUCGAGAACAUCAUCGCAGCCCUCCGCCUCGCACAAAGCCCGACGCCCGACGCAAAGCCGACCUUUGUCAAUAUUCGGACGACUAUCGGAUAUGGAACCUCGACUGCGGGGACGUUCAGAUCGCAUCACGGCACCUACAGCGAUGAGGAUGCUGCGCUCUAUGCUGAAGGUAUCUCAACUCACACUCUCUCCAAAAGGGCGAAGCAGCACUUUGAGUGGUGUGUCUCUUCGGGCGAGUCGCUGGAAGCGAGCUGGAACGAGAAGCUUGCCAAAUACUGCGAGGCGUUUCCGGCUCAGGGCCAGCAGCUCCAAGCUCGCAUUCGUGGCGAUCUCAAUUUUGGAAGUCUGAAGUCCUUGAAGGUGCGAAACGAGAUUCAAGCCACGCGGCAGUGGAAUGGACAGGUGUUCAACAAGCUCAUGUCUGAGGUUCCCAGUCUCAUGGCCGGGGGAGCCGAUCUCUGGGUGUCGAACCAGCUGGGCGAUCAAUCAAAACGUAUCUUUGACCGCGCAAAUCCCCAGGGCCGAGUGAUACGGUAUGGGAUCCGCGAGCACGCCAUGGCGUCCAUCUCCAACGGCAUUGCGGCCUAUUCCCACCAGACCAUUGUGCCCGUCACGGCGACGUUCUUCAUGUUUUAUCUCUACGCUGCACCGGGCGUUCGAAUGGGCGCACUCAGCGGUCUCAAGGUCAUUCACAUCGCUACCCACGACUCGAUUGCCGAGGGCCAGAACGGUCCGACCCACCAACCGGUCGAGUUGGAUUCCCUGUACAGGGCGAUGCCAUCGCUGUGUUACGUUCGCCCGGCCGACGCCGAGGAGGUGAUCGGUGCGUGGCUCGUAGCACUGUCUGCAAAGAACCAGCCUACAAUGAUUUCCCUGGCGAGAGACCCUGCCACUACUGCAAUCCCAAACACAGAUCGGUUCAAAGUUGCCAAAGGAGGAUACGUUGUUGUCGAGCGCGACGACGCUCUGGUCACGUUGGUUUCCUGUGGGUCAGAUCUUCAGCACGCAGUUGGGGCGGCGGCUCAGCUCUCGUCAAGCGGGCUGCCGACUCGGGUCGUGAGCAUGCCUUGCAUCGACCUGUUUGAGCAGCAGACCAACUCUUACCAGGACGAGAUCCUCUCAAAAUCUCGGCAUAUCAUCUCGGUGGAGCCGUACGUAUCGACUAUCUGGGCACGGUAUUGUACGGCAUCGGUAGCCAUGGACUCUUACGGUUAUUCUGGUGCUGGACCAGCAAACAUGACACGCUUUGGACUCGAUGCUUCCGGUAUCGUACGCAAGGUCAUGGAGCAUAUCUAUCAUAACGGGAAAGAUUCUUCUGCCCGACGAUGGACACUUUUGAAGUAGACAAUGAACACUAUUUCAAGUCUA